AUGGUCGAUUCUACAUCCUUCGCAACCGUCAUUCUCCUUGCUGCAGCCGCCUCGCUCCUCUUCGCCGCAAUGCUCUACCCAGCUACUCUCCUCCGCUGGUUCCAGCGCAAGCGUUACCAAUACGAAGUCACCUUCUCGCUAUACAUGUUGACAUCGACUGAGAAGUUCAUCUUCAACUCUGUAUUAUUCCUCCUCCUAUCCCUCUUCAUAAUCGCCGCUUCGCUCUACCUACCCGAGCACCUUAACAUCAUCACGAGACGCCUAUCCUAUUACUUCUCCGGCAACGAAGACACGCUCGCCGCGAGCGCGCAGAAAGUCGGACAACAGGUCGUAGCGUCAAGCCUGUCGCCUAAUGCACUUCUGCCUCAAAACGGGCUUGGAGGUGCAUUGGCGGGCCAGGGGAGGGGCAUCAUGGACCCAUAG